CAAGAAAGAACAGAACCCCGCUCUUUUCUCUUGUCUUGUGCCGGUGGUGCGCCAUUCUUCAUUGCAAUUUUGCUUGUGAAGUGUUUAAAGUUGAUAAUCCAAUUUACAUUUUGUUUUCAUAGCUUCCAUUACUUAUAUAUCAGUUCUUUUCUUUUUGACUGGCAAGAGUUAACAGCAAAUUCAUUUUUCAACAAAUUAGGAUGAGUUCAUCUGAAAAAUCGAAUGAAAACCGGGAGCCAGAACAGCUUAGAAAGCUAUUUAUUGGUGGGUUGGACUACAGAACUACUGAUGAAUCUUUAAAGGAGUUCUUUCUAAAAUGGGGAGAAAUUGUUGAUGUAGUUGUUAUGAAGGACCCAAACACUAAAAGGUCACGAGGAUUUGGGUUUAUCACUUAUGCUCGUUCCAACAUGGUGGACGAUGCUAUGGCUAAAAGACCCCAUGUCGUCAAUGGUCGACAAGUUGAAACAAAGCGAGCAAUACCGAGAACGGAGAUCGGAAAUCCAGAAGCCGAGGCUUCUGUAAAGAAGUUGUUCAUCGGUGGUCUGAAAGAAACUAUUAAUGAGGAUGAUCUCAAAAAGUACUUUGAAGAGUUUGGUAACAUCAUCAAUAUUUCUGUCCCCGUCAACAAAGAAAAUGGUUCAAAGAGGGGAUUUGCAUUCAUUGAAUUUGAUGACUAUGAUCCAGUAGACAAAGUCAUUUUGCAAAGAAGUCAUGUCAUCAAAGGAAAGAGUGUGGAUGUAAGAAAAGCACUCUCUAAGGAAAUCAUUUCCAGAGUAAAGGGAGGGUACCAAUAUCCGGGAAUCCAGUUCCUGGCUGCAGGUGGUAACGGGUAUGGAGCCAACCCUUGGGAUGCCCCAGGAGAUAACCAGGUUUGGAGUGGCCCAUCUCAGCAGUGGGGAAUGAAUCAGAAUCAAGAAGGAAACUAUGGACAUGGCUGGGGAGCCCAGGAGAACUUCACCGGAGGGCCCAUGCGCAACAACAUGUACUCAGGUCAAAAUAGGAGUGCCCCUUAUGGUAUGGGGACAGGUGGACCUUCAGGACCUUACGGAGGAUCUGGUGGCAGCAACCGUAGAUACUGAAAGUGUUAGCACUCUUUUGGACUAAGAUUCAUGUUUCUUGGAGCCAGUGAAGGUAAAGGACUACAGAAAAUGCAUCAAUCCUUGUAAAUCAGGUAAG